AGCACGAAUAGGGUGGCUGGAGUUUGCUUAGCUAGAGACAUCAAUUGACUUGUGUGAUUGUUACGGAAAUGCUGGUGUAGGCGCUUCAGGAGACCAUGGGGAGAAAAUGGACAUACUGCGCAGUUUAUUCCAUCAUCCAGAUACAGUUGUUCAGGGGAGUAUGGGAAGAAAUUCUCAAUGCAAGAAAAAGUGUUUAUGCUCCACCUGGUUCUGAUGUCAACUUGACCUGCCAGACACAGAAGGGCUUCUUGGUACAGAUGCAAUGGUCUAAGGUCACUGAUAAAGUAGAGCUAAUUGCCAUUUACCAUCCUCAACAUGGUUUCCACUGUCCCCAUGGGCAUCCUUGUGAGUCACAUGUGGCUUCCAUAGAAACUCCUGGGAAUGCAACAAAAUGGACUCUGCACUUAAGAAAUGUCUCUUCCACUCUCAGUGGAAAGUAUGAGUGUAGCUUUACUCUGUACCCAGAAGGCAUCCAGAAUACAGUCUACAACCUUCUUGUUCAGGCACCUGCUCCACAGGAUGAAUGGGGAAGAAACUACACAAUAGAAAUAGAGAUAAAUCAAACUCUGGAAAUACCAUGCUUUCAAAAUACCUCCUCAGAAACUUCGUGUGGGUUCACCUUUGAAUGGUUGGUGGACAGUAAUGGAACCCAGGAAGCGCUCAUCACCCACAAUCAUCAAGUCAGCAAUUCCACAUUAUUUAAAGACAGAGUCAAGCUGGGUGCAGAUUGUGGACUCCACCUCUAUCCGGUCCAAAUCCAUGAUGACGGUCGGAUUUUCUCUUGCCACCUGGGAGUCAGUUCGCUCAAAGUCUGGAAGACUUCCACCACAGUCAAGGUUUUUGCUAAGCCAGAAGGCCCCAUGAUUGUGGAAAACACCACCAUGGAUGUCUUGGGAGAGAGAAGAUUUACCUGCCUAGUAAGGAAUGUAUUUCCCAAAGCAAACAUCAAGUGGCUUGUAGGUGGACGGUUUCUUCAAGGUGAUGAAGAAGGAAUACAGAUCACGAAUGAAAAGAAAAAAGACAGAAGUGGAUUUUGGGAACUGAAGUCAAUUUUAACAAAGAUGUAUGGUAACAGGCUAGCCCCAUCAAAUGUGACAGUUUUGUGUAUGGCUCUGUCUUCGGGCCCUGGAAAUAAAACAUGGAAAACUUCAUCAGAAAUUAUCACUCUUUCCUUGGAUUCUGAGAACUCUUCAACAGAACAACCACCUGUUGUAACAGAAUCUACUCCAAGCACCCAACUAUUUCCAGACAACAGUUCAUCUCCUAGAACCAGCAGACCUAACAUGAGUACAGAAAGUUUCAACCAUUUCCGGACCUUCAAUGGCACAGAUGCCAAAAACUCAGUUUCAUGGACACUCAGUGAAACGUACACCUCGGCCCCAUCAGAUACAAGCUUCACUUUUUAUGAUGUCAUCACUAGCACAAUCAGAGAAUCUCCAAAAGUCUCUACAGUUGCAAGCGAAGCUACUAAGAACAACAGCCACAUUUAUAUCACCAGUAUCGUAGUUAAUAAACCCAGAGAUGGAAUGUCCUGGCCAGUGGUUAUAGCAAUUUUGCUCUGUUUCUGCAUAAUAUUGUUUGGACUUGGAGUAAGAAAAUGGUGUCAGUACCAAAAAGAAAUCAUGGAAAGACCCCCACCUUUCAAGCCACCACCACCUCCCAUCAAGUACACAUGCAUGCAAGAGCCCAUCGGAAGUGAUCUACCUUGCCAUGAGAUGGAGGCACUUUAAUCCUUUGAGACUUUACCAAAGAGCGAAACUGUACUGGAGUCCAGUUGAAAAGUAGAUAUUUUACUUAAUUAAUGUAAUCAUCCACAAGCAAAGCUUCUGCUGCAACUGAAAUGAAUGUUGGAAAUAAAUGGUU